AUGUGUGCCUUUGCCUGCAGCUUCCUGGUGGGGGACGACGGCCGGGUGUAUGAAGGUGUGGGCUGGAACAUCCAAGGCCUGCACACCCAGGGCUACAACAACGUCUCCCUGGGGCUCGCCUUCUUCGGCAAUAAGAUCGCUUGCCCCAACAUCAUCACGCGGUCCACUUGGGAAGCCAGAGAGACACACUGUCCUAAAAUGAAACUGCCUGCCAAAUAUGUCAUCAUCAUCCACACGGUUGGGUUACCCUGCACGGUGUCCAUGGACUGCCAGCUUUAUGUCCGAGAUCUACAAUCCUACCACAUGGACUCCAGGAACUUCUGUGACAUUGGAUAUAACUUCCUGGUGGGUGAGGAUGGUGGUGUGUAUGAAGGAGUUGGCUGGAAUACCCAAGGCAGCCACAGCUACGGACACAAUGAUUUUGCCCUGGGAAUUGCCUUCAUGGGCAACUUUAUGGAAAGGCCACCAAAUGCCGCAGCGCUGCAGGCAGCCCAGGACCUGAUCGAAUGUGCUGUGGACAAGGGGUACCUGACUCCCAGCUACCUCCUGGUGGGGCACAGGGACGUGAUCAGUACCCUGUCUCCUGGGCAGGCCCUGUACGACAUCAUUAAGUCUUGGCCUCAUUUCAAACACUGA